CUCAGGGCCGAGGAUUAGGCAGGGAGCAGUCCCAGUACGAUGACAGCAUCCAGCUUUUAGCCAAACCCCCCGCACACCACAUCACCAUCACCAUCAUCAUCUGGCGCGGGAGGAUAUUUUCGAGAAACGGAUUUCGUCUCGUAUAAAAUCUCUCGUCUUUUAGUAGAAAAGAGGGGGGAAGCCUAACCACCAAUCCCCCCCUCCUUAGACUCCCGGUCCGACUGUCUCCCGAUCAACCACGAGGUGGUGUAGCUCCAGAUUGGCAUCGGCCCUGAUGAUCGCAACAACCCCUCUCCACCUCUUUUCAACCUACCCAGAGCUGAUGUCUCAGAGGGCGAGGGGGUAUGUUUGUUCCGGAGUCUUGAAGAGACAAGCUACAUCACGAUAAAUGGAGGAGCAGGAGCGAUGCAGGAGCAGGUCUCCGGCUCGGAGGGCCAGUCGGGUGCAGCAGGUGGUGGGGACUAUAAUACGACGCACUCGAGAGUCACUUAGCAGAGAGCGGUUGCUAGGCGAUGGGAGGUCGCAGCGCUCCAACAGUCUGUCCAAUCAGAACUUCCAGGCCAAGCUGACAUUGCAGAUUACCAGGGACCCGGUCCUGGACAGCAGCACUGGACAUGGCUUCACCCUCACCACAAACGCACCCCUGCUGGUCAGGGACAUCGCCACAGGAAGUCCUGCAGAUGGGAUACUAUUCCCAGGGGACCAGGUGCUGCAGAUUAAUGAUACAGCGAUGGAGGAUUUGAGUGAAGAGCAGGUGGAAAAUGUCUUAAGGAACUUGGAGGAUUGUAUCAAUGUGACUAUCCUGCGGCACAUGACAAAUCCCAAGUCAUCCAUUAUGUCAGCAGAGAAGAGAGCUCGUCUGAGGAGUAAUCCAGUUAAAGUGCGCUUUGCAGAGGAGGUGGUGGUCAAUGGGCACACUCAGGGAAACUCUCUUCUCUUUCUGCCCAAUGUUCUGAAAGUCUAUUUAGAGAAUGGACAGACAAAGGCUUUCAAGUUCGACAACAACACCACCGUCAAGGACAUUGUUCUGACUCUGAAGGAUAAGCUGUCCAUCCGGGCCAUCGAGUACUUCGCCCUGGUGCUAGAGCAACAGUACAGCAUCACCAAACUGCUGCUACUGCAUGAAGAUGAGCUCAUUCAGAGGGUGGUGCAAAAGAAAGACUCCCACGAUUACAGGUGUCUGUUCAGGGUUUGUUUCAUCCCCAGAGACCCAGGAGACCUACUGCAGGAUGACUCCUCUGCCUUUGAGUACUUCUUUUUACAGAGUGUUGGCGAUGUGCUACGGGAGCGUUUCGCGGUGGAGAUGAAGUGCAACACUGCACUCCGCCUGGCAGCCCUGCACAUGCAUGAGAGACUAGAUAGUUGUGGACAGACCAGAGCCUCAAUCAAGAGUAUUACGAAGGAGUUCGGCUUGGACAGCUUCAUCUCUCCUACACUGCUAGGCAACAUGAGAGAGAAGGACCUGAGGAAAGCCAUUAGCUACCACCUCAAAAAGAUCCAGUCCCUGCUAGAGCCACGCCAGAAGGUAAUAUCUGCCAAUCAGGCUCGUUUGGCCUACCUCACUCAGCUGGGAGAGCUCAUUUCUUAUGGGGGACGGUCGUACACAGCCACAAUGAUGCUUCAGGACAGGGAAGUGCUGGUCACGCUGCUGGUGGGAGCCAAGUAUGGGAUGAGUCAGGUCAUCAACCACAAGCUCAACGUGAUCUCUACGCUGGUCGAGUUCAGCAGCAUUAGCCGAGUGGAGCUGCUCUCGGAGUCGGACAAAGUCAGCCUGCUGCGCAUCUCGCUGCAUGACAUGAAGCCAUUUGCCUUACUGAUGGACUCUCUGGCAGCCAAAGACUUAGGGUGUCUGCUGGGAGGCUACUGCAAACUCCUGGUGGAUCCCAAUGUCAACGUCUUCCGUCUGGGGCGCCCAAAAGUGAGGGUGCACCGGAUUCCUGCUGAAGAAGGUGUGUGUGGGAGGUUCGCCGUAAUAGAGGGCGUGUGCUAUGAAUCCCUAUCAAGUUAUGUGUCUCGCUGCUGCAGUGACUCAGACGACUCAACAGACGAGGAUGACCCGAUGGAUUCUCAGAAUUACAAACGCCCAGACCCAGCAAGUCAGGACUGGGAAGAGAGGAGAAGAGAGGAGGAAGAGAAGAGGAGAGAGGAAGAAAGAAAAGAGAGAGAGGAGCACAAAGGCAAACAGGAAGUGAAGAUAAUAGUGACAACAGAAGGUAAAGGAAAUGAGAGUCCAGAUGAAGGAGGAGCAACAGGAAGUGGUCUGCAUAAAUUCAGUGUUAUGGAUGAAGAAAUGAACCUGGACUCUUCCUGGUACCACACUGACCUGCGAGUCACCAGCAGCUUCUCCAGCUUGUCCAGCAGUUCCUUGAGCACUGCACUUGAGGAGAGCAGUGCUGCCAGCAAAUCCAAAUCUCGCCUUCACGGGCCGCACGUAGGCGAGGAUGUUCCGAGUUUUGAUGUUCACCACCCCUACCUCCUGGAGCCAAAACGCCAUCAAGGGCCACGUAGACCCACUAACCUCAAUUACCGUGGGAAUGACAACUCUUGCCUCUGCUUUGCUGACCUCUCCAAGUCUGAUUUCCUACCAAGCCCUCCUGGGGCUACCAGUGAUGACGAUGAUGAUGAUGAAGAGGAGGAAGAUCGGGGAGCUGAGACACUUAGACGUAUUUCUAAGAUUCCUAGUUCAAGAGAUUUGAGAAUGAUUGACAGCAUACCCUUUCAAAGAUCACCUAUUAAAAGAAAGAAAAAGACUCCUCCCAAAGUCCCAGUAAGAACAAGUUCAAUUCCUGGGAGCAAAGCAGGAAAGGCUGAGAACCGCCUAUCAAAGGAUGAAGACAGCAUGUUUCUGACACCUUCACCCAACCCCAAGCCGAAUCUUUUGGUCAAAGACAAUGUCUCAGACUCUGAGGAUGAGUUUUUCGAUGCACAAGAGAGAUUUACUCCUCCAGUUCCUGAUCUCUCAGAUGCAGAGCUGGCUGACCGACGCAAUGCUAAUCGUUUGAGUGGAACCUGGAACAGUUUUCCAGCUGUCGCGCGGAAAGAGCCAUCAUCUCCACUUGCCAAUAAAAGCCAAUCCUAUAAAGCCAAGAAAGAAGCGGAUACACUUAAAGCCCCUUCAAAUCAACUCAACAACCAGCAAGGCAGUCCUUCAAAGCCAUCACAGAAACCUGAUGUUAAGGUCAAACCACCAUUGGCACCGAAACCACAGCUGCCUCCCAAACCUCAGAUCAUUCCUCCCAAGUCUCCCCAGCAUGGGAGAUCAUAUGCCCAAUGCAAUGGAGAUGCCUCUGGACGUUUGUCGUCGGAACUCCUUGAAAUGGAGCCAGACACCAUGGAGUUCAAGUCGGUCACAUCAGGUGGAUUGCCUAUGUCGUCAUCCUUGAUCACAGCAGUGCGAUAUAGCAAGCAAUCGUUAUCACAAGAUGAAGAAAAGACAAAAAGACAGGAAAGCAGCACGAAACAAAGUAAAGAUCUAGGAAAUGGAGCGCGUGCUGUUUCCAAAAAAGAAAAAUACAUUCCUGAUGAAUCGCAAAAUCCUGAAGCUGAGGGGAAAACCAGUGGAACUGACCUGCUAACAAAGAGGCCAGCAAGCCUAACCCCAAUCACUCGCUCUAAUUCAGGAACUAAGCUAACAAUACCCCCUCCAGUGCCUCCCAAACCCACUUCACCAAGCAAUCUUCACCCCUUAUCGCUACCUGCCAGCUCUCCCGUCUCUCCUACUGAUCCAAGCAAAGGGAUCUGUAAGGAUGGCGUCAGUACUCCAAAUGGAAUUCACCCUUGGAGCAGUCGUAAUGGGAGCAUCCAGUCAGGACCUAGAAGGGUCUCACUGAGCCACGAGAGCCUUUCACCCAAAAAUACAGAUGCGCCUCUUACGCUUACCACCUCGCUGACCUCAACCAAUUCUAAAGGGGGCCUAGAAAGCAGAGAAUCUGGAAGAUCUGGUUCAGGAUCUGACCUGAGAACCAGCUCCUCCAGUCUAGGAGGCAGACUACCUGCCUCAGCCCUGAGAGGGAAGAUUCAGGCCCUUCCUUGGUACAUGACCCGUUCCCAGGAGAUAUUAGGAACUCUGGACUAUCCGUCCACUAGUUCCAUCAAUGGCGACACAUCUGGAUUUGGCUCUGGUUUGUCUGUAGCCAGUGGCUUAUCAGACCUAAACAAAACUCCUGUCAAGGACAAAGAGAGUGUGCCCUCAAAAUCAGGAAUCAAAGGGACCAUUUUAGAUGAUGGAGCUGAAGUUGUCAUAGCAACAAUCAAAGAGGCCCAAGAAUUGUCGGCACACAUGAAAAAGGCCAGUGGAACAAACGGCUCCCACCCUAAUCUAAGUUUUAGAGAAAAUAUUGCACGUAGCAGCAGCGUUUCAUCAGAGCAGCCUCAAUCGCGGUCUCACUCAGCAGUCGGGUUGGGAGGUGUGUCCAGCAUGGAGAUUGGAGGUGACUCACCGACCUCCUCACUGGCAGACAGCACUCCUCCACAGCAACACCGGGAGGCUUGUGGCUGCCGCACUGUUUACGCCAACUGUUUCAGCGGAGACACAGAGGAUGGCGUUAGCUUUGAUGAUGAGCUCACAGUUUAUGAGUUCUCCCGUCGCAUACGCCCCAAACCUGUCCAGCCGGCACCUGCCCCGUCUCCUACAACAACACCCUCUCUCAAACCCAAUAUUCUUUCACUGCUGAGGGACAACCCUCGCCCGCUGUCUACUUUCUCUACAACUUCUUCUGAACUCAGUCCUCUUGUUUCAUGUCCAGUUUCACCCACAACCUCAUUUGGCGGCUCGCUUCGUUCCCUAACUAACAAGAAUUAUGGUGGGCUGAAAGGCGGCUUUGUCUCUCUUCGUCACGAUAUAGAUCAGCUUCUUUUGGUCUUAGAACGAGGUGCACCUGAGCAAACAGAGCAAACAUCAUGCCAAGAUGCAAAGCAAGAUAGCACAAAGUUAAAAGUAGGGCCUGAUCUAAAUCAUAAUGGAACCGAAGACAGCCCUGCCCCAGAAGCAAGCCUAAAGUGUAAUAGGAUGACACCUGCUACCAUGACAGAGGCCGAGAGGAGUCUUCUUCAGGCUGAGGCUCGACGGUUAGCAUCUGGAUGUCAACGAGCCACGCGGGUAGGCUGGGCGCCCGAUGAAGCCCUGCGUUCUUUAUCCAAUAGUUUUAGUGCCCUGGUACAGCUGUCGGCAGCCUGUCUGCAAACAAACCCUUGCACUGGUUGUGACAUGUGCCAUAACACAAAUCUGGUUCAAAAAGUUGAGGACAAUGAUGGCCAAGAGGCCAUGGACAAGCUGAAAGAGAUAGUGGGGCUGUAUCGGGAGUUUGUUGGGGCUGUUGAGACAGCUGGAACUGGCGCUGGGGCAGGGGGUAGGAGCGGGGGCGUCAAUGGGACCGUACAGGGUCAGGGAGAGGGCGACGGGGUAAGGCUGCUAGCCAAACGAUGCACUGUGCUCAUCUCGUCUGUAUUCGCACUCACUCAGCUCUUCCGGACACCCACGGUAGAGCCCUCGGACACACCCGGACAUGUACCUCUAAACUUUUGAUCUGUGAACUUUUACCCACUAAUAACGCACUGACUCUAGAGGUGAAGACAAGAAGAAGCAGCACAGAGCUAUCUGGUGUGUAACGCUUGUGUUCUUGUACAGUAAGUGCCAUGCACACCACAGCACAGCACACACAUCACACACACACCCACAUUGAAACGCAAACACCAAACACACCCCUAAAACGAAGCGAUGUCACUUCGUUGCUAAACCUCUCCUUGGACGCAUACGGACUAUGCAUUUGUACAUAUGAAUUUUAUAAUUAUCUUAUAAUUCUCUUAUUUUAUGAUACAAUAUGUGUAUGUAUGUAAUGAUGAAUUACCCAUGUAUGUAUUUAUGUAUUUAUUUUUACAAUAUUUGCACCAUGAUCUGUGACUGGCAGGUCUCUGGUGAGGAAAAAAAGAACUAUGGAUGUCACUGGAACUUUUUUUUUUCCCCUCCCCUUUGAGACAGUAUUACGUUAUCUUUUUGCUGCUUUAAAUAUUGCUCCACUCCACAAGGUGUAAUCUGUAAAUUGUCAUUUUCUACGUUUAUGAUUACGGUACGUUUACUGACAAACUAUAGGAACUAUUCUGUAUCUCACUUGCGAAAUAUAAUAAUAAACUGAUUUGUUUUAUAUGUGCAGGUUUUGCACCUUUGUAAGGAUUUAGUUUUUCAACAUUACAGUCACGACUAUACCAUUACACAGCAGGGAGAGCACUUUUGACUGUUACAGAUUGCACCUUUUUUUGAGACAUGUACCCUUGUGUAAACUGUUUUUCUGCCCCUUCCCGGUCCAUACCUGACUUUGUGUGAAUGCUUCCUGGAUAUAACCCCAUUACCCAAUCGUAUGCAGUAUUAUAAUAUUACUCUAGUUUUCAUCCAAAGGACACUACAUACAGUAUAUAUUUUCUGGGAAUGUGUGGGUGAGGUCCACCCAAACAGGGGACCUUAUUUAUGUAGUUUUUUUUUUUUUUUUUUUUGACGAGGCACAAGAGUGACUGUUAAACUCUAUCCAGAUGUAGCAAAGAUCCAAAGUCUUAAAACACUGAGCCACAACUGUUCCCUGCCAUUGUUUCGUCUUUGGGUGCACCACUUUAUUAACUGAGUACUGACUGAUGGAUGGGCUGAUAGUCAAUGCUGGGGUCAGAACUGUAGAUAUACAUUUAUAUCUCUGUGUCCUAUUCUGUCCCUACUUUAGUUUAUGGCUAUGCAAACAUAAACCCCUCAACCCCCCCACAAACUCUGUUGUUUUUUUGCGCUAACAUUAAAAACAAACAGCAGCUGCAUUAUGUUUGCUUGAAUAUAAUGGAUGCUUUCUUUGUUUGGAAUGUUGGUUUUUGUCUUGUUUCUGGAAUGCAACAUUUUGCAAGGUUGCAUGGCAUUAGCAUUUUGUCAAUAUAAAGACUUCUGUCUAUACUGAUGUCUGUGAACUUUCAGUAAAAGGACUACGUUGCUCAAUCGGUUUGCUGAUGUACAGUGUUCACUUAUCAGCUCCUCCAUAUCACAUGACGCCAUCCGAUUUGAAGGAUUUACUCGAGCCACCUACAAACAACAGGAAGCUAAUUAAGCCAAAUCAGUCAGCGGUUGCUUAUUCAAAUAUGAUAAGGGGAUUAGCUGAAAUAAAGACUGCUUAAGUGCUGAGAGACAGCUGGUGAGGGGAAAGGUAGUGUAUUUAAUCUUCCAGACUGAUGACUGAGGGAAAUUUUGUUAAGGUAGUUGUGCAGCGUCCAUCACCGUGCUAACGUCAAGACGUUGUGUCUCAGGAGGGUCUCCUGUUGUUCAUUAGGCUGGCUCCAUCAGUAAAGAGUGCCUGUGUCACUAACUCUUUCCUGUACGGGAACAUUGUAUGAACAGCAUUUCAUAGUCAGAGAGUCCACUGUGUUUCUACAGAAGCAGCCACUUUUCCAUCCCCACAUAAAACAUGAAGUUAAUGUACCAAGAAAUGUAUUGUUUGGGAAUAAAUGAAACACUGACCUUAGUAAUGCUGUCUUGAAUAUUUGGGAACUGUUUGUACUUUCAUUUACCAACAAGCAUUU